AAAGAUAAGCUAAUUAAGCUACUGGGUUCAUACCCCAUUUAUAAAGGUUAUAAUCCUUUUUUUUUAAUUUUUAAUAAUUCUUCAAAAAUUUUAUUUUUAACAAUUAUAAUUAUCGGAACAAUAAUUACAGUUACAUCUAAUUCUUGGUUAGGAGCUUGAAUAGGACUUGAAAUUAAUUUGUUAUCUUUUAUCCCCCUGCUAAGAGAUAAUAAUAAUUUAACUUCAACUGAAGCAUCUUUAAAAUAUUUUUUAACAAAAGCAUUAGCUUCAACUGUUUUAUUAUUUUCAUCAAUUAUUUUAAUAUUAAAAAAUAAUAUGAAUAUUGAAAUUAAUGAAUCAUUUACUUAAAUAAUUAUUAUAUCUGCCCUACUAUUAAAAAUAGGAGCUGCUCCUUUUCAUUUCUGAUUUCCUAAUAUAAUGGAAGGUUUAACUUGAAUAAAUGCAUUAAUAUUAAUAACUUGACAAAAAAUUGCCCCACUAAUAUUAACUUCUUAUUUAGAUAUUAAAAAUUUAUUACUUAUUAGAGUAAUUUUGUCAGUAAUUGUAGGAGCAAUUGGUGGAUUAAACCAAACAUCUUUACGUAAAUUAAUAGCAUUUUCUUCAAUUAACCAUUUAGGAUGAAUAUUAAUAAGUUUAAUAAUUAGAGAAUCUGUGUGAUUAAUUUAUUUCACAUUUUAUUCUUUUUUAUCAUUUAUUUUAACUUUUAUAUUUAAUAUUUUUAAAUUAUUUCAUUUAAAUCAAUUAUUUUCUUGAUUCAUAAAUAGAAAAGUUUUAAAAUUUACUUUAUUUAUGAAUUUUUUAUCUUUAGGUGGAUUACCUCCAUUUUUAAGAUUUUAACCUAAAUGAUUAGUAAUUCAAGAAUUAACAUUUUGUAAUCAAUAUUUUACAUUAACAAUUAUAAUAAUAUCAACAUUGAUUACAUUAUAAUUUAUACUAAAUUACUAUGAAAAUAAUUGAACAAUUAAUACUCAAUUUAAUAAUAUAAAUACAAAUUUAUACUUAAUUUGCACUUUUUUUUCAAUUUUUGGAUUAUUUUUAAUUUCUUUAUUCUUUUUUAUACUUUAAGGCUUUAAGUUAAAUAAACUAAUAGCCUUCAAAGCUGUAAAUAGGGGUAAGCCUUUAAGCCUUAGUAAAUUUUUACUCCUUCAAAAUUGCAGUUUGAUAUCAUUAUUGACUAUAAGACUGUUUGAUUAAGAAGAAUAACUCUUAUAAAUAAAUUUACAAUAUAUCGCCUAAAUUUCAGCAACUUAAUCGCGACAAUGAUUAUUUUCUACAAAUCAUAAAGAUAUUGGAACAUUAUAUUUUAUUUUUGGAGCAUGAGCCGGUAUAGUAGGAACAUCUUUGAGAAUUUUAAUUCGAGCUGAAUUAGGGCAUCCAGAAGCUUUAAUUGGAGAUGAUCAAAUUUAUAACGUAAUUGUUACAGCUCAUGCAUUUAUUAUGAUUUUUUUUAUAGUAAUACCUAUUAUAAUUGGAGGAUUUGGAAAUUGAUUAGUUCCUUUAAUACUAGGAGCUCCUGAUAUAGCUUUUCCUCGAAUGAAUAAUAUAAGAUUCUGAUUAUUACCCCCUGCUCUUUCU